AUGAAUCUUGAUCCCUUUGACAGCCACAAUGAUGAGCAAAUCUGGGAUGCACUGGAACACGCCUACUUGAAGGACUUUGUUUCCGGCCUCUCCAUGGGCUUGGCCUAUCAAUGCGGGGAAGGAGGCAGCAAUCUGAGUGUUGGACAGCGUCAGCUAGUUUGUCUUGCCCGAACCUUACUGCGCAAAACUAAAAUCCUAGUUCUGGACGAAGCCACGGCCGCUGUUGACUUUGAGACCGAUGAGCUCAUUCAGAAGACAAUUAGAACAGAGUUCAAGGACAGCACGGUGCUUACCAUCGCACACAGACUCAACACCAUCCUUGAUUAUGAUAGAAUCAUGGUACUGGACAAAGGAAAAAUCAAAGAAUUCGAAUCACCGCAAGCUUUGCUGGCAGACAAAAGCAGUAUUUUCCACGGCAUGGCCAAAGACGCUGGGCUAGUUAAUUAA